AAGGAGGGAAGGGAGAAGGGGAUCUUUCUUUCUUUUUUUUUUUCUUUGGCUUUGGUUUGCUUUUGCUUUGCUUUCUUGUGCUCACUUUCGUUGCUAUAAUCAUAUUGUGAAAGACGAAAAAUGGAAACUGGAUCCCAGACCCUAACAUCAUCAGGGCGCGGCCAGGCUCCGAAUAAUACCAAUUAUCAACUUCAAGUGUCGUUCCAUCUCUCAAAUGAUCCCCAGCACAUCCACGAAAUGGGAUUCGUGCAGUUGGAAGAGGAGAGCCAGGUUUUGAGUUUCUUGGCACCCAAUAACAACAACGCCACCAUGCCACCUGCUGCACCCUUUACUACUACUACUACUACUUCUGCUCACUCCCACUCCCACAUCGUCGCUCGACCUUCUUGGAGUAACCACCAGGUGGGAACAAUGGAUCCCAAGGGCGGGAACGAGGAUAACUGCACGGGUAGUGCCGGCGAGGGCACCAAUUCAUGGUGGAGAAACACAAACGCAGAUAAGAGUAAGGUGAAGGUCAGGAGAAAGCUGAGAGAACCGCGUUUCUGUUUCCAGACUAGAAGCGAUGUAGAUGUCCUCGACGACGGCUAUAAAUGGAGAAAAUAUGGCCAAAAGGUUGUCAAGAACAGCCUUCAUCCUAGAAGCUACUAUCGUUGCACACAUAGCAACUGCCGAGUGAAGAAGAGGGUGGAGCGACUGUCGGAGGAUUGCCGGAUGGUCAUAACGACCUACGAAGGCAGACACAACCACUCUCCUUGCGACGACUCCAAUUCUUCAGAGCACGAACCCUUUACAUCCUUCUGACUUCCCAUUCCAAUAAUUAUAUAAUUUUUUCUUCUUUUUAGUUCCUUUUUUAUAUCCUGCCUUCCUAAUUUCCUUUCCCUUUUCCUUUGCUUGUAUAAUUAUUAUUAUUAUUUCUUUAACUUUCUAAGCAAAAUAGAUCUGUUCCUCUGUAUUUAUUUGUUUAGAGAUAAGAUGACGCACAUGAGAAUAUGAGAUGGAUUCCACUCCACUCCAACUUCUACCUAUCCUAUUACUAUUAACUAUUAUUAUUCACUA